AUGAAUGAAGCUAAUGAUAUACCUAUCAUUCAUGAAGAGAAUAUUCAAGCUAUAUCAACAACAGUAGAUUCAAUAUUAACAAAUGAUGACAAAAAGGAGCAUGCCACACCUUCUUAUGAAGAGAUAGUAGAGACAUCUUCUAUCAUUGUAACAACAGAAAAUACAAAUCAUAAAAAGUGGAAUAGAUGGAAGAACUAUUUAUUAGGCGAUGUAUAUGCUUUAGAUGAUCCAUAUCACUUCUCCUCAAGUAAAAGGAAUUUUAUUAUCUUGUUAGUUGCAUUGGGUGGUAUUGCUGGACCUAUGAGUUCCAUGAUGUACAUGCCUUCCAUUUUGGUUAUUGCUAAAGAUUUAGAAACAAGUAUGUCUGCUGUCAAUGGUUCAAUAUCUGCAUUUGUUGUGUUUAUGGGUUUAUCUCCAUUGUUUUGGGCUAUUCUUAGUGAUAACUAUGGUAGAAAACGAAUGUAUCUAUUUAGUGGUAUCAUUACUGUCAUAAGCUCUAUCUUAAGUGCUAUCUCUAUCAACAUUAGUAUGCUUAUUGUAUUUCGAGCUUUACAAUCAUUUGGAUCCACUGCAGGACUCACGUUAGGUACUGGUGUGAUAGCUGAUACUAUUCCUAUUAAAACUAGAGGAAGAGCCUAUGGUAUAUUUUACACUGGACCUUUACUUGGCCCCGUCAUUGGACCUACUGUAGGCGGCUUUCUUUGCCAAUAUUUAGGUUGGAGAUCGACGUUUUAUUUUACAGCCAUUUUAUGUGGUGCUCUUCUGAUAAUGACAAUCGUAUUCUUACCAGAGACAUUAAGAAAACAACGACAACAACAACAAACAAGUUCAAUAGAUGCUUAUUAUAUAGACAACAGUAAGCAAUCAUCAACAACCCGUACUACUCUACAAACGCCAUCCUUUUGGAGUAUUCUUCGUACCAGUUUCACACCUAUGCUUAUUAUGUUGCAUGAUCCCAAUACGAAUAUCUUAAUUCUCUUUACUGGUAUUAUCUUUGGAAGUUUUUAUUUUUUGAAUCCAACAAUUACCGAGACAUUUAAGAAUAGAUAUGAUUAUAAUGAAUGGCAAACAGGACUUUGCUAUCUUCCCUUAGGGGCUGGUCUGAUGAUAGGAUCAAUAGCGAGUGGACAUUAUUCAGAUUACCUUUUAAAACGAUUAUCAAAAGAACAACAAAAGAAGAAGGUCAUUCUUGAAAAGAGACUAUUAGCUUGUCUUCCCUCUUUUCUAUUUAUGCCAGCUGGUUAUUUAAUCUAUGGAUGGAGUAGUAAUAGUACUACUACUACUACUAAUCAAAGGCAUUUUGAAGUCUAUGUUCCACUUGUUGGAUUAUUUCUUUAUGCAUUAGGUCAAAUGUGGAGCAUCACACCUGCUCAAGUAUAUCUGGUUGAUUCUAAACCAGGUUAUUCUGCAACUGCAGUAGGAGUGAAUAGUUGUAUUCGAUGUCUUAUUGGAGCCAUGACUGCCCUCUUUUCUAACACAGUAGUAAAUAAAUUAGGGAAUGGUAUCAUGUUCACUAUUUUAGCUGUUUUAGGAUGUUUGAAUAGUAUGUGUAUCCUGAUUUGUUAUAAAUAUGGUGCAAGAUGGAGAAGAAAGUUUGAAGAAAAGUAUUAUAUCUCUUGA